UCCCAAUCAGUCCGCUGGGGCGAAUGGUCACGUUGGUCCUCUUACGGCUACCGUAUUUCCUGUUGCUGGGGGUGCGGUUUGUGAUUAGAACAAGAAGAAACGUAUUAACAGGAUUAUAAUAUAUUGACAUUGUACAUAAUAUGAUAUGAAAGUGAAAGCGAGAGGUACAGGGGAAACUGAGUGUGUAUAAAGCGUUGUGAGAGGUCUGGAGAGCGGCGGGGAUGCGGCUUCCUGAUGGGAAACAUUUUCGGCAGAAAGAGACUAACCCGAGUCACGGAGCAGGACCGAGCCGUGCUGCAAUUAAAGCAGCAGAGAGAUAAGCUGAAGCAGUACCAGAAGAGAAUCAACCUGCAUCUGGAGAAGGAGAGACUGCUGGCACGGCAGCUGCUGCGAGAUGGAAAGAAACCGAAAGCCUUGCUGCUACUUAAAAAGAAGAGAUACCAGGAACAGCUUCUGGAUAAAACAGAAAACCAGAUCAGCAAUCUGGAGCGCAUGGUUCAAGACAUCGAAUUCGCCCAGAUCGAGAUGAAAGUCAUUGAAGGAUUAAAGAUCGGCAAUGACUGUCUAAAGAAGAUGCACGAGGUUAUGUCUAUUGAAGAUGUGGAGCGAAUAAUGGAGGAGACACAAGAUGGAAUAGAUUAUCAGAGGCAAAUUGACGAGGUGCUGGCAGGAAGUUUAACACGGGAGGACGAGGAUGCUGUGCUGGCUGAGUUGGAAGCUCUUACUCAGGGAGAAGAGGAGGAGGAGGAGGUAGAAGAGCUCCCGGAGGUCCCCACGGAGCCCCUCCCCAAGGUCCCAGACACAGAGCCAGAAAAGGAGAGGGUCAAAAUCAAGCCUCAACAGGAGCUGUUGGCAGCUUCAUAACCAGCCUGCUUCUCUAUCCAUCUUCCCAUCGCCCUUCUGUCUCUCUCCACUUCUGUCAAUCCUUUCUCCAUCCUCCAUCCUCCAGUCUUUUUCUGGGGAUAGCUAGAUUUCAUUCUAGAUUUGUUUUGUUUUUAAAAACAGAAGUCUUACAUUAUCAGUGUCUUCUGAUUUAUGAUUAUGACUCCCCCCCCCAUUUAGGACUUAACGGGUUUGUCUCCUUUGUGCAAAGUAGGUGUUUUUAAAGCAGUAGAUAGAUUUGAGUUUCCUAGAAUGACAUCAGCCUGUAAAACAGUGUCCAUGUUACAGGUGUGCUAAUAAUGACAAUUCAGUGGGAAUGAAAAUUCAGAAAUGUAACAGGGGCAAAGAAAGUUUAAUUAUGUUUUUUAAUCGCAUUGAACUCACUCAUUGUCUGCAGUUAAUUAAAAGGCAAUGGUAGUAUGUAAUCAUUGCUAAACAAUAUAUUUCAUACUUUUGACUGACAGUGUGUUAACAGAACUGUCAUUUAAUAGAAAGUCCAAGAAAGAAAUCUGUCAGCUAUGCAUUAAGCCCUCGUCCCUUCCCUCAUCGAUACCAUAUUUCAUAUUGCAUCUGCAGCAGUCCAAUUCUGUCUUCCUGGGAACAUAUUCAUAAAGCUGUCGUGCACAGGUGAAUGCAAAUUAUUUACUGCCAAGUUAAUUCUUUAAGAAUACAACCCAUUUUUUAUUGUAACAGACUGUAUUAAAACACAAUUGUAACAAGUGCAGUGACGCCACAGAUAACCACUAGGGGCCUCUGUUUCUAACAAUCCUGGCUUUUAUGAGUCAAGAAUUGACUCGAGGUGAGCUCUACGGGAGAGAGCACUACUGUUACCGAUAAUCGCGUUGCCUGCUUCGUGGAUGUUAAUGAUCAUAUGACAUUUGUUAAAGAAGUGCAAGUGGUAAUUAACCCACCAUGGGGACAGAGCCUCAUCCUCCCUUAAAAGGGCUAUGCUGGGUCAAUAUCCUCAGAUAAAUACACGGCUGGGUUAAAUUUCCUAAGCUUUUGCUCUGGUGCAGUUUGAAUAUUCCAAACUGUUAACAUUUAAAAACAUCUGUAUAAUAGAACAAACAAAAAUUGACCUUAUAAGAUUGUCUUUUGUUUAGUUUUAUAAUACCUUCUCCUUCCAAUAAUUAAACCACUGUUUUAUCUGAGAGAUGUUCUGCUGGAUUCUGUUCUCUGUAGUGAUGUAUUCUGAUGCACUCCGACUUUGUGCAGGUCAGUAAGUUAAAUUGUAGGCACAAUUCAUUGUAAAAUAAAAAGAGAGAUAAAAGCAGCAGGCAGAAACAACCAUAGAAGGAAACUGCUGUUUAUCCUCACUGUGAGGACAAAUCUGAGAUUAAGCAUCUUUAAACAGCUGAUUUUAUGAAGCAGUUGGUUUUGCAAUCGGGCACCUGCAUCUUUUAACAUGCGUCUGGGUGAAUGUGCACUUUUACCUCUCCAUUCAGUUCUUACCAUCCUGUAAAAAACAAUGUCAGAAUGUGUUUUUAUUUUAUUAUUGUAAUCCAUCUGUGCUCAUGGAGGUAUCUCUAAAAAUACAGUUCUUACUGAGUAUAUUAUCAGGUCAGGGGUACAUUAGAAAACAGUCUAUGGGGUUGUCACUUUUUUGGUAUGCUGCAACAAUAAAAGUAUUUUUAAUUGUU